UCGACCAUGAACAGUGGCUACGAUCUUUCUGCAAGCACAUAUUCCCCAGACGGGAGGAUAUUCCAAGUAGAAUAUGCAAACAAGGCAGUAGAGAACUCGGGGACAGCAAUUGGUCUUAGAGUGAAUGAUGGCAUUGUACUCGCUUUGGAGAAACUCGUACACUCGAAACUGCUGGUCCCAGGCUCAAAUAGACGCAUCCAAUCAGUCGAUCGACACAUUGGCAUGGCCACAGCUGGAUUAUUAGCGGAUGGUCGUCAUCUUGCUUCACGCGCAUUUGAUGAGGCAUUGAACUAUCGAGAAACCUAUCGUGCACCCACUACUCUCAAAGCCCUCGCCGAGCGACUAGGACUGUAUGUCCAAGCUUAUACUCUGUACUCUUCCGUUAGACCGUUCGGCGUAAGCGCUGUGCUUGGUGCAAUCGACAAGGAGGGUCCGCAAUUGUAUGUCGUUGAACCCAGCGGGAUAUAUCAUGGGUAUCAUGGGGCGGCCGUGGGGAAGGGGCGGCAAUUGGCCAAGACAGAGCUCGAAAAGUUAAAAUUAUCAGAAAUGACAAUUCGGGAAGCCGUUAUCGAAGCCGCACGAAUUAUUCAUCUCUGUCACGAUGAUAAUAAAGACAAGGAAUUCGAGCUGGAAUUAUCCUGGAUCGGCCCUGAAACAAAUGGGCUGCACCUCCCUGUACCAAAAGACCUGUAUGAAGAGGCGGAUAAGAGAGGGCGGGAUGCCUUGGAUGCUGACAUGGAGGAUUGACACUGGAAUCCAUUGAUUCCAACUGCCGAGUAGGCGUGCCAUGACUGUUUCAUAAUGAUCAUUCCAUUUUUCUUCAGAGCUUGUUGUUCAGUGUGAACACUGAGAACUAUCGAUAUUGGCGAUGGCAGGCCAUUUCGUUUCAUCUAUCCCAGAUCCCGGUUCCGCACUUGCGGAGCCCUGCACGUGCUCUUCUCCAUGCUA